GCCAGUCCUCCCCCUUCCUCCCCCUUCCCGUCGCUCGCGCCGCAACCAGCAUGGCGCCGCCGCCGCCGCCGCCGCCGGCGGCGUUGAUGAUAGAGGAGCUCGUCGAGGAGGUCCUCAUUCGCUUACCGCCCACCGAGCCCGCCAGCCUCGUCCGCGCCGCCGUCGUCUGCAAGCCCUGGUGCCGCCUCAUCUCCGGCGCCUGCUUCCGCCGCCGGUUCCGCGAGUUCCACCGCGCGCCCCCCUUGCUGGGGCUCCUCUGCAGCAGCCUUUUCACCGGCAAGGACGCCGACAUAGCCCGCUUCGUGCCCACGACUGCCUUCUGCUCGCCUCCCGCCUCCCGCCGCCACUGCCGCGCGAUCGACGCCCGCCCCGGCCGAGUCCUCCUCCAAUACUAUUGGGGAGCCAACGUCCUCGUGGUCUGGGACCCCAUCACCGGGGACCAUCAGGAGAUCCCAGGCCCCAAUCAGCCGGGGCACACGUUCAGCUGGACCGCGGCAAUCCUCUGCGCCGGCGCCGCCACCGCCGGUACCUGCGACCAUCUUGAUUGCUACCGCGGGCCAUUUCUCGUCGUCUUUAUGGGCUUCUGCAGCGAGAGGGCGUUCAUCUGCACCUACUCAUCAGAUGCCGGUACAUGGAGUGACAAGAUCUACACUGAUCAACCCGAGGAAUUUGUCAUUUCGGCGUCCAAGGCGCUCGUGGGGAAUGUACUCUAUUUUGAGUUUAAGAAGUCAGGCACAGCUCUCAGGUAUGAUUUGGAACUGCAUGAAAUGUCUGUGAUGGGGCUACCACCUACACACUCCACUGGGUAUGGUGGUGCUGUGCUCUUUGCUACGGAGGACGGUGCCCUCGGAUUUGCCACCGUACGUGAAUUCAAACUCUACAUGUGGUCGAGGAAGGAUGGUCAUGGUACUCAAGUAGAUGCUGGAUGGACACAAAGCAGGGUCAUUGAGCUUGAAACGCUGCUCCGUAGUAACAGCAUCUCGGCCUCACCUGCUGUGGUUGGAGUCACGGAUGGGAUCGGUGUCAUUAUCUUAAGGAGAAAUGAGCUGCUAUUCACAAUUGAUCUAAAGAGCUGUGAGGUGAAGAAGUUAUCCAAGGACAGAUUCAUGUACAACGCUCUUCCAUACAUGAGCUUCUACACUCCAGCACUAGGAGCAGCUUGUACUGGUGAGGGAUCAAGCACCGGUUCCGCGGGCGCAUGAAAAGCUUAAGGUCCUCAUGUGGGAGCUUCUCGGUCAAGGGAAAACUGGGUAAUAGCAAUUGUCAACAGCACGCGAGCUAUGGUGUGACAGCACUUUUAGCAUGCUCUUGGACUUAACUUGUUGGCCUUCAGUGUUUCAGCUGUAGUUUGUUAUUAACGUUUUACCUUGAUUGUUGGUUUCGAGUUAUACCAGCUCUGUAUGUAAGCUCUUAACAUUUUACUGCCCUAUUUGGUCCGUGACUAAAUGUUAAAUGUUCUUCAGUAUUUCUGCUUGCAAUGAUAGCUUGGAAUGUGCAUAUUAUUCUUUCUAAAAAAAA